AUGACGAGUGCUCAAGACGGCGUCGCUGCGCCAACUGAUGGCGCCACUUCGAUGAUCCGCGCUAUCCCGACCCGGGAUGUUCACCGCAUCACCAGCGGACAAGUCGUGCUCGACCUGCAGACUGCGGUCAAGGAGCUCAUCGAGAACGCACUCGAUGCCUCUGCCACCAACAUUGCCAUCCACUUUCGAGACUACGGCGCCGACUCGUUCGAGGUGGUCGACAAUGGCACCGGCAUCGAUCCUUCCAACUACACCUCUGUCGCCCUCAAACACUACACCAGCAAGCUCAGCUCCUUCUCUGAUCUUGCUCUGGUGCGAACAUUUGGAUUUCGAGGCGAAGCGCUGUCGUCCUUGUGCGCUCUGGCCAAAGUGACGAUCCACACAGCGACUUCAGAGCAAGCACCCAUGGGCACCAUCCUGCACUUUGCUCGAUCGGGCAAGGUGGAAAGCGAUACAGGCAGGGCGGCAAGACAGAGGGGCACCACCAUCACCAUUGAAGGGCUCUUCAAGACGCUGCCGGUGCGAAGGAAAGAGUUCGAGAAGAACCUCAAGCGCGAGUACACCAAAGCACAGAACUUGCUCCAGGCGUACGCGCUCGUCACCAAAGGAGUGCGAUGGACGACGACAAAUACCCCAGCAGGCGGUCGCAAGACUCCGCAGUUCAGCGUCAACUCGUCGAGCGCCGACAACUAUCUCACUGCCAACGUCUCGGCUCUCUUUGGUGCCAAGGUCGCUCCUACGCUGAUGCCGCUCAACCUCGAGCUCACUUUUUCCGUCGCACGGUCUCGCGGCAGGCUCCUUCAAAGUGCAGCAGGAAGUGAAGACGGUGACGGCGACGGAUCCACUGCACAGCGCGAGGAGACGUCCACCGUGAAGGUCGUCGGUCUGAUCAGCAAGCCAGUCUACGGGUCCGGUCGCACAUCGUCCGAUCGACAAUUCUUCUACAUCAAUGGUCGGCCGUGGGAAGCCGGUCGGGUCAGUCGAGCCUUCAACGAGGUGUACAAGUCGUUCAACUCGAAUCACUUUCCUUUUGUCAUUGCCGACUUCAGGCUGCCGACAGACUCCUACGAUGUCAAUGUCAGCCCAGACAAGCGAACCAUCUUCUUGCACGAAGAGAGCCGGCUCAUCGAGAAGGUCAAGGAGGCCCUCGAGGAGCUCUUUGCGCCCAGCAGAGCCACAUUUCUCGUCAAUGGAGCCAGCCAUUCGCUCCGGAAUGGGAGCGGCGUGACAAGCUUGAGUGCACAGUCCAAACUCAGCACGUUUCUCGGGAAGGCCGAGGAGCACCAUGCAGCUGAAAACGAGAACGAGGACCUCGACUCUGCUGCGAACCACGGAGACGACCUCGAACAGGAUAAAGACGAGCUCCGGGCGAUCAUGCAGCAGGACGAGGAAGCAGAAGAGGACGUCGAGCCUGUCGAACGAGCAAACGGCGAUCAGGAUGACCAUGAGGUGCCACGAACACACCGCACCACCUCUGACAAUCACCAUCUCGAGUAUCGCGAAGAUUCGAACAGCCUUCCACCGAUUCCACGCCGAGAGCGCGAGGAAGCUAUGGACGAGGAUGACAGCGAACCGGACGUGCCCGCGCCCCUCGCUCCCGAAGCAGAUGCUCCAGAUGCGAAGUCGUCAAAGCGCGAUCACGGCGACAUGUCUGAUACUUCUCCCAGCAAAAAGCAGCGUCUCACAACAGCGUCGCCGUUGCAUCAGAGAGACCGGCAGGACGCUGCCGACUCAAAUCGAUCGCGUGACCAAGCCAGGACUGUCUUGGCCUCGCUACGGACAUUUGCGCUACCUGGUACGGAGGUCGAAGGCGAUUUACCCGUCUCGACUCGGAUGGCGGCUAGCAAUGACCACGACGAGUCCGGGUCAAUGUCGGUGAAUCCCGAAGCAAUGGAUUCUUCGUCAGAGGACGAGCUGGCAUCUGAUCCGCCAGCGGUCGAGGCAGAUGAGCUCGCCGAGGAGGAAGCUGAUGAGCCUCUGUCCAACAAGCUGGCCGCGAUGCACGAGGUCGCUGCGGAUAGCGAGGGGCUCGUCGAGGAGGACGCAGUCCCAUUCGACAUGAGCCAUCUCCAGGAAAGAUUGCAAACGCGGAAGCUGGCCCUCUCCCUAUCGGACGCAGAGCCCCGGUACCUUCCUCUGUCCGGAGACGAGGAGCUGCUUCAAGGUGCCGGCGUCGGCAAUGCGGACGAGGCCCAAGUCGAGCGAGCCCUCUCUCGCGUGAUCCACAAGCAGGACUUUUCCACCAUGAAUGUCAUCGGCCAGUUCAACCUGGGCUUCAUCAUCGCCCGGCGUCGAACCCAACCCGACGCCUCCACCGACGAGAUGGACGAUCUCUUCAUCGUCGACCAACACGCCUCGGAUGAAAAGUUCAACUUCGAGACGCUUCAGCUUACGACACAGAUUCGUUCGCAGAAGCUCAUUGUGCCACGACCCCUCGAGCUGUCUGCGUCUGACGAGCUGGUUGCGAUCGAGCACCAGGCGACGCUGCUCUCGAACGGCUUCGAGGUGGCCGUAUCCGAAAGCGGACUUCCUGGGACCCGAGUCAAGCUGGUAGCUCAACCUAUCAGCAAAGGUACCGUCUUUGGCGUCAAGGAUCUCGAGGAGCUGUUGUAUCUGCUCAGAGACACCACAGCAGGCUCGGAAGCAGCUCGAGGCAUCCGAUGUAGCCGGGCAAGGGCCAUGUUUGCCAGCCGAGCCUGCCGGAAGUCGAUCAUGAUCGGCACUGCCUUGAACAAGAGCAGGAUGAGCGCCGUCCUCACCAACAUGGGUACGAUCGAACAGCCAUGGAAUUGCCCACACGGACGUCCGACGAUGCGUCACCUGGCAUGCCUCAAGACGCUCGAUGCCGCAGGACAAGGAGGCAAAAGGGAGGAGGAUACGGAACCCACUUGGAAUGAGGUUGCUCAACGUCUUCGAUAG